UUUAACAACUGAAUGUAAAAUGUACGGCAAUUUAGUUGCUUAUUUCACAAUUUCAACCUUUAUAUCAAUUUUGUAACACAUUUUGUUUGAAUCGAAACCAUAUUAUAAAGCUAUUUCGGCAAUAACGUCGCCAAAAUGCUAUCCAAAAGAGGCAAGCAUUUAGUACCUGAUUUCUGUGCUACAACAAGUCCUGAAAAUCCUAACUCGGAAGUCAUCGUUGCUCUGUUAAAUCAGAUACAAUGCAUGUACAUAAAACUAUGUUCCACCAUGAAUACUCCAGGCGUAUUUCAAUUUGCGGAAGAUCAAUGCAAAUUUCAAGAACAGAUACAAUGCUUGGAAGAAAUGAAUGCCCAACUGGAGAAAGAACUUGCCCGUUUAAACCAAGAGUUGACCAAAGUGAUGGGAUAUUUGGACGAAGAAGUCCAACUUCGCUCCAGUCUUGAGUGUCAAGUAAUGGAAUUAAAGAAAGCAAUCAACACGAUUGAUCAAGAACUUUGUGUCGUGAUUGCGGAAAGGGAUCAAUUAUGCAUGCAAAUCGAAGACACGAGUCGACGCCUUGAAUUGGGUCAGCAAAGUCUUUUAGCAUUGCAAUGCGAACGGGACGAGUUGUACCAAAAUUUGACAGUUCAUCAAAGUAACGCAAAGAAAACUGGGGGUUUGCAGAAUGAUUUGAAGCAAGGGUUGGCUGAUUGUUGUGCAAGAGUGGACGAAUUGACGAAACAAAUUGGAUGUUUGCAUGCUGAGGUUAACAAGGCGAACAGAGAGAGGGAUGAUUUACUGAGGGAAAGAGACGAGUUACUUCGGAAAUUGGACUGUCUCCGAGAGAAAUAUGAGACUUCAAAAUGCCUUAAUGACCAAAUCAUUGAAAAACUUCAUGAUCAAGUCAAAUGUUUAGAAACUCAGCAAGCAAGCUCUUGUCAAAAGUACACUCGGAUUUUGCAAGCUCAUCAUGUCGAGUUGGACAGGAUAAAUGCAGAAAAAAUGAGACUGGAAGAUUUAUACGCUGAGGAGAAAGGAUGCAGAGAAGACCUCGAAAGGAAACUGAGAGACUGUGAAGAACAAAAGAGGAAAGCACGAAGUGGGAGUGGUGGUGGUGGUCCCUGGGGUGGUGGUGGGAGUGGUCCUGGGGGCCCUGGUCCUGGUGGGCGUGGUGGAGGGUUGUUCGGAAACCAAAAUCCGAAUGGAAAUGACAGCAAUUCAUUACCACCACAAUCCCCACCUAAAUGUGACCAGUACAAGGCUGACAUUCAACGUUUAGAACAGCAGAAAGAAAUGUUGGAAAAAUCUAAAACUUGUCUGGAACAACAAGUCAUUCAGUUAUCCAACAUCAAUACACAAAUUAGUCUCGAACUAGAAAAAGCACUCAUUAAGCCAGUCGUGAAUGACUUUGGUCAAAGUACUGAUAAUUAUGCUGAUGAAAUUGACCAGUACAAAGCUGACAUUCAGAGUUUAGAAAAGGAGAAGGAAAUGUUGACAGAAUCGAGAAAAUAUUUAGAACAACAAGUUGCCGACUUGCUAAAUAACAAUUCACAAAUUAGCCAAGAGUUAAAAUCUCUUCAAGAAAAUGUACAAGAAAAGGCGAAAGAAAGUGAAAAUGUUAUAAAACCACCACCGCCUGAGACUAGCGAUUUUAGUGGUCAGACGAUUCAAAUUCAAGAUGAUUUUGUAACUGACGAUGAAGAUAACAAUAACUAUGAAGAAGAUAAGGAAGACGAGUACAAGUCUCAAAUCCAGCGUCUCGAAUAUGACUUGGCCUUUGAGAAACAGCAACAUUACGCUUUCGUGAAAAAUGCAGAAAAGGACAAACAGACAUUUGCUAAUUUGACUAGCAUGAAGGACAAAAUCGAGUCUGAGGUUAUUCGUCUCCGAGAAGCGAUCAGCAAUCAAUUCGUCGAACGAACUGAUUUAAAUCAACUCAAGGACAGUUACGAAAUUCAACUCACCCAUUUGCAGAAUAAGUUUGAAGCCCAGUUGGAAAUGAAUAGGCAGCUUGCCGAGAUAAAUGAGCAAUUAGGCAAACAGUUCAAAGACCGAGAUUUAAUCAACUCUAUUCGAGACUCGAAUGAAGAGCUUCUCCGAAAAGAGCUGAGUUCAGUUAUCAAUGCUUCCAAAUGUGAUGCGGAUAAGCUACGGAGAAUAAUUGAUGAUAGGAAUGAGGAAGUCGCAUCCUUGAGAAAAUUGAUAUCUCAUCUGAAACAUAAAUACGUCUCGGCUGCCCACAAGAAUGACAAAUUGCUCAAAAAAGUCCAAAUUCUUGCUUCCACCAGUAGGGAAAACUUUCUAGAAAUGGAUUCAGAGACAGAAACCAAUAAUAAUAUUUAAUAUUUAGCUAAAUGAGUGAUGUUGUGCUAAAUCUGCAAAAGUUGCUUAGAAUGAGAUUGAAAAAUAAAUGAGUGAAUGAAUUACUGC